UGAAUCCUCAAUUUAGCUUAUCAGCUAUUGUUUGGUCAGACGCAGCGGUCGCAUCUCGUAAUCUCCGACGUAUUCCGUUUCAGUCUCAUAUUUGUAGCCAGACAUAUUACAUUUAAACCAGCAAGAUUUAUUACUAAGCAACAUGGAGCUGGUUUGUGUAGAGGAUUUUGAGCGUCAGGCUUACAGCAAGCUGGAGAAGAAUGCCUUGGACUAUUACAAAAGUGGAGCAGGAGAGCAGUUCACAUUGGGGCUGAAUCGUGAAGCGUUCAACAGAUUACGUAUGCGACCGCGCGUUCUACGCAAUGUCACCCAGGUGGACCCUAGCUGCCGAAUUUUAGGUCAGCAGCUAGGGUGGCCUCUGGGCAUUGCACCCACAGCUAUGCAGAAGAUGGCGCAUAGCGAUGGAGAAAUUGGAAAUGCGCGCGCUGCUGGCAAAGCUGGUUCCAUUUUUAUUUUGAGCACUUUAUCCACCACGUCGCUAGAGGAUUUGGCAGCAGGCGCGCCCGACACUUGCAAGUGGUUUCAGUUAUACAUCUACAAAGAGCGCUCUCUUACCGAAAAGCUGGUGCGUGGUGCGGAGCGCGCAGGCUUCAAAGCGCUUGUCCUGACCGUGGAUGCGCCCGUGUUUGGCCAUCGUCGUGCGGAUGUACGCAACAAGUUUAGCUUACCCCCGCAUUUGAGACUAGCCAAUUUCCAGGGUGAUCAAGCAAAUGGUGUUGUCACUAUGGGUGGAUCUGGCAUUAAUGAAUAUGUGGCUAGCCAAUUUGACGCGAGCAUCACCUGGCAGGAUAUUAGCUGGCUGAAGAAAUUGACGCGUUUGCCCAUCAUUGCCAAGGGCAUACUAACAGCUGAGGAUGCUGUACUAGCGCGUGAAUUUGGCUGUGACGGCAUCAUUGUGUCCAAUCAUGGAGCUCGACAGAUUGACACCGUACCCGCAUCAAUUGAAGCACUACCCGAGGUCGUAAAAGCAGUGGGUAACGACCUGGUUGUUAUGUUAGAUGGUGGCAUUCGGCAAGGCAAUGAUAUAUUCAAGGCGUUGGCAGUGGGUGCUAAAGCUGUUUUCAUUGGUCGCCCGGCUGUAUAUGCUCUAGCUUACAAUGGACAAAGCGGCGUUGAGCAAAUGUUGAGCGUAUUGCGCAAGGAUUUGGAAAUCACGAUGGCUUUAACUGGUUGCCAAACUUUGGCGGACAUCCAGCCGGCAAUGGUAGCCCAUGAAUCAACUUAUUCAAAAUUAUAAUUUGCACUUUUAAGCGAAAUAAAGUUGCCAGAUCGUUUGA